CACUGAUUAAUGCACAUGCUCGAAAAAGUGUUUCUGCUAGCGAUAGAUGACAGAUUUGGGUUUGUAAACAUCUUUCGUGUGUAAACCGUGUAAACAUCUUUCAUUUUUGCGAGUUAAGCAUUUUCCGAUUGGUCAUAUUCAGAAAUUGUGGCUCAGAGUUGUGUCUAAUAAUUCUUAUUGUCUUCGAGCGCGUGUUUUCUACUCAAUGAAAUAACUGCAGGAUAAAAAAGAGUGGCUGGAAGAUUUUAUAACCUGUUAAAAAAUCGUAAUAUCGGUUGCUGGGCGCGUUAAUAAUACGACACAAGAAAACUAAUAUUUUUACACUAUGGCAAGCGUUCCUGGAUUUACGUUAGAAACCGCAAAAGCUGUACUGACAGAUAUUCUGACAGCAUUGAAUACACCAGAAAAUCUACAAAAACUUACAGAAGCGAAAGAAAAUUCUGGCAAUGAAAUGUUAAAAAUGAUGCAGUUUGUAUUUCCAUUAGUUACACAAAUUCAAAUGGAUGUCAUAAAAAAUUAUGGAUUUCCGGAAGGAAGAGAAGGAACUGUACAAUUUGCGCAACUCAUUAGAGCUUUAGAGAGAGAAGAUGCUGAAGUAGCACAAUUACACAGCCAGGUGCGUUCGUAUUUUCUUCCACCAGUUACGAUAAAUUCUUCAACCGAAGCAUCUCUUUAAACUAAAUUUACAUAAUCUUUGAUAUAUACAGACUUUUAUCAUCUAUAAAAAAAAAGUUCACAUGUAUGUGUGUGUGUUCAUAUAUCUUGUACAUUAGUUUUAUUUUAUC